CGACUUGAAUGGUGUUUACUACUGUGCUCAUACUGUGGGUAAAAUCUUUAAAAAGAAUGGUAAAGGCUCAUUAAUUGUGACAUCCUCGAUAUCUGGUGAUAUUGUCAAUAUCCCUCAAUUACAAGCCCCUUAUAAUACAGCAAAAGCUGCCUGCACCCAUUUGACAAAAUCUUUGGCAGUUGAAUGGGCUCCAUUCGCUAGAGUGAAUUCUAUUUCACCGGGUUACAUUGAUACCGAUAUUACUGAUUUUGCUAGCAAAGAUAUGAAGGCUAAAUGGUGGCAAUUGACGCCAUUAGGAAGAGAAGGCUUGGCACAGGAAUUGGUUGGUGCUUACUUGUACUUGGCAUCGAAUGCAUCGACUUAUACAACUGGUGCUAAUCUUAUCGUCGAUGGCGGUUAUACAUGUCCUUAG